UCGAGCGGAUCGAACGUGAUAGUUCAGGGCUUUCCACGUCGCGACGCUGAGCGUCGUCGCCAUUGAAUUUCGCGAUUGUCGGCGAGGACUGAAUAAUUCUCGUGUGUGAUUUUACAAAGAUCAAGAACUUGGCAGUCUUCUCAAGUUACACGUGCACGAGCGCGCGCGCGUACGUUAUUUACUAUAUCCGCCGCGGCGACGUGAUUGGCUCGCGAUAAUAGCCGAGUAAUUUUGUUCCUAAUUAUCCGAGUGAAUAUACUCAAUUAAUUACCGUCGUCAAGAAUAAUGAGUCGUGUAAACUGUUAAUAUUGUUAAGAUUAAGUUAGAAUCUUUAAUCAUGAGAAGAUGCAGACUUUUGAAACAGCUAAAAACAUAUUGCUUGAGCGACUCAACAUAUUAAACUGAAAAUGAAAAAAGAAGCAGAAGAAUAAAAAUUUGUUACACAUUUACGAAAGAGCCUGAAUUGUAAAACUACAAUUAUUGUGAAUAAAACUUUGACAAAGACUAAUAUUCAAGAACAGUUUGAAAGAGAACUCGAAAGACUUCAUACAGUGCGGAAGAAUGAAUCGAAGAGCGUUCUGCAGAUCGAGGAGAUGAUUUGCUAACGAUGCUGCUUUAAGUUUAACAACUCGAGAAACGAAGAUGUGCUGCUCAGGUGGACCAGGUGGAAUCACAUUGACCAGGUGCGGUGUCAUAUGCGGUCUCGCCGCGCUGACGGCUCUCAGCGUCGCUCUUUUGGGUCCGACCUGGCUCCACACCGAGGAGAAACUCAUACUGCCAAAUCUACCCAGAAAUUACGCUGAUGUAAUCAGCGUGAAGUUCAAACUGGGACUCUUCAGAGUCUGCCCGAGGAUCGUGAAACCAUCGAAUUUUUCAAUCCACAUCCCCACGCCGGCUUGUAGUUACGUGAGGUACGACAGCCUAGAAGACGUGAAGCCGCAGGAGUUGGGUUUUCGCCAAUUAGAAUUCACGCCCAUGGUCGUCUCAAAAAUACGGCUCUCAGCACCGUUUCAAGUGGUCGCCGCGAUUUUAAUCCUCGCUGCGACAGUGUCAGCUUUGAUUGGUCAUUGUUAUUCCGAUCAGAGGACUCUUAUAGCCUGCGGACUCUUUCUCUUAAGCGGACUUUCGUUAGGCGGCGGAUUGAUAUUACUUGCUUCGGCAUUGUCGGACGCAUCAUUGGAAUUACCGGGAAAAUACAGUUUGCAAUCAAUCGCCGGCAUGCAGAUAGACGAUAACGGUCUACCGCAAUAUCAUUACGGCUGGUGCCUUCAACUUUCCGGGUUAGCGCUUAUGCUCGCGGAAGUGGCAGCUGUUUUAACGAUGUCCGGCUACAUGGCGCGAUUCUCUACGGUCGAGGAGAUGGUGAGAGUCAUGGUUCCAGGCGCUGAGAGGAAGCUGAAGGAACAGAGAGGGCUCAGCUCGGAGUACCUCGUGAGGGCGCAUCAGAAAUCGCCGGGACCACAACAGGCUCGACCUUUCGGUCAGCCAACGAAAACGCCUCAAAAAUUGGCCGAAGAAGGAACUUCGUUGCUCUGCAAGUCGGCACCUGAUAUCUGCGCGUCGAAUCCACAGGCCAUCAGUUACGUCGAUAAGACAGACCUAUCUCACGUCUUGCCGGCUUAUCCCGAUAACAAAAACAACGACCCGCGAUACAACUUCGAGAAAUCCGAGGGUAGCGUCAUAGAUUCUCGCCUGAGCGGAUUCACCGAUAAGGAAGGCUUUAUCGAUUCCCGGAUUCUGUCCGAUUCUCGACAGAAUAUAAUCAGUUUCACGGAUAACAAGGAACCCGCCCAGGAGCAACGGUAUGCCGAAUUUUCCACGAGAAGCGCCGACCAGAACGUCGUAGAUUCCCGAUUGAGCGGUUUUGCCGACAACGAGGGUCUUCUGGACUCCAGACUCAGUAGUUACGUCGACAAGAGUGAAUCUUUGCUGGACACACCGUUCGGUUACGACACUAGAUUCGAUACUCUAGCUGGCCAGACCGUUCCGAUUACGCUGAAGAACCAGAACACGUCAGUGUCGGCUAUUCAGUCGCAGUAUAUAUAUCAGAACUUCGGAACAAUACACUCGGGCAUCCUUCGAGUGUCGGAACCGGGUACCAGCUCCAGUUCCAAUUCCAGUCAGCGCAGCAUGACUCUGCAGAAUCCGAAGCGCAAAUCGCAGAUCGCUCAGAACGCCUUCAGCACGAUGGAGUGCGAGAAGAAGAAGCGAGCGUCUGGACUGGCCGGCAAGGCGAGCUUUUACACUGGAAGUGCUGUAUGACCAUCACUUCCACCUCCGACACCGAGGUAAUUCCAAGAAGACGAGACUCCAUUAGGAAUUAGUUACCCGAAUAAGUUGCGAAUUACACGACGGCAAUUCGAAGGAUAUCGAUUAUCGAUUCAAAAUAGAGAAAAAAAAUGAUUUUUUACAAACUGAAUACGUAACUCUAUUGCAAUUAUUAGUUAUAUAAUCGAAAUGUGUAAGAGAAAAAAUACGUUAAUUAUUGACGUCAAAUAUUUCUGAAGUAUAAAUUUUUGAAGUAUAAAAAGGAAUAUAAAAGCAUACUACAAUGUCGUUGAUUAAACUCGAAAUAAUUUAAUUCAAGAUAAAGAAUUGCGAAUUCGUGCAAAAACGCAAAUGUAAUUUUCUGCAAUUUGUCAAUAAUAUUAUGAGUAAUAUAUCAUAUUUGCGAACGGAGAGAUAAUCGCAAAUGCAAUGUAAAUCACUCUUAUUUUAGACAUUGAAAGAGUAAAGUAAUGUUUGUCAUUCGUUGUUAAUACUUAACUUUAACCGAUACGUAAUCGCAUUUCAACUGAAUAAUCAA